AUGUCAAAACCAAAGGUUAAACAGCAACCAUCAACUACCAAGAAACCAAGUAGAAGUAAGCAAGCAUCUGUAUCUAUUUGUAUACCUUCAAGUGUAAUAUCAUCCAAAAAUGCAUAUAAUUUACAGCAACAAACUUCAAUUGUAUAUCAAAUUGUAAAAGCAUGUACAAUAUAUAAUGUUUCAGAAGUUAUAAUUUUAAAUAUACCAGAUAUAAAUGAAGAAAAACAAGAAAAUGUGGAACAAACUAUAAAUGGUAAUAAAAAAGUUGUAUUCAAUGGAGAAAAAGUAGAAACAAAAUUAGAAACAAAGAAAUCAACGUUAAACGAUGAUACUUUAUUAUUAGCUAGUUUAUUACAAUUUUUUAUAACACCACCAUAUUUAAUUAAAACCAUGUUUUCAAAUAAAUCAAAUUCAAAUUUUACCAAAAUAUUACCAAAAUUUAAAUAUGCAUUAAAAUUACCAAAAAUAACGACACUACCAUUUAUGCAAAAUAAUGAAGUAUAUAAAAAUUUCAAAGAGGGAUUAAUUAUAGCAAAAAAAACACCUAAAAUUAAAAAGAAAAAUGAGAUAAUUAAACCAGAAAGAAAACUAACAGUUAGUAAAUAUGUCAAUAUAGGAGAAUCGAAGCCAAUAAAAUUAAAUAUAAAAAGAGAAAUACCUAUAUAUUCAAGAGUAACAAUUGAUAUUAAAAAUAAGACAAUUGUAUCGCCAAUUGAAGCAUAUGGUUAUAAUGGCUAUAAAUCAUCAUUUGGUUAUAAUGUUAGAAUAGUUGACGAAUUUAAUAAACUUUUCACCCAAUCUCCAAUUAAAGAAGGAUAUUCAAAAACAUUAUUUAUAAAUUGUGAUGAUUAUUUUGAGAAUAAAAACAACAGAACAAAAAUUAAUGAGUUAGACGAGUUUAAUUGUCAAGAAUUUAAAAAUAAGACUAUUACAACUACUAAUGAUAACAAAAAUAAUAAUGAUAACCUAUUAUUAUUAAUUGGAAAUUUAAAUGAUUUUGAAAUAAAUUUUAACAAUGAUUCAUCAACUAUGUUUAAAGAUUUAAAUAUUGUACAAUUAAUUGAUAAUAAAUUAACUAUACCAAAAGGAUGUAAAAUUGAAGAUGGUUUAUUAAUCUGUUUAACAAGAUUAUUAUUAUAA